AACUAAUCUCAUAACGGUGUAGUUUUAAAUUACAGGAUUCUGAAUCCACUGGGCAGAUUAAAUUAACCUGGCAACACAGGGGGCUGAAAUCUGAUUUGAUGAAAAAUCUAACUUCAACAAAUGCACACAGAAAGCAGCGCAGUCAAGAGAAACGUGUGGAAAUGAAGGAGUUUUGAAUUAAUGUAUACAAUUUCAUGGAGAAAUUAUUCGAAUUUAGUUCUUAUUAACGACUGAGUAUUGCAGAGUACGUCUUGUCAUCUGCAUCGAAAACCGGUCCCCGGACCUGUCAAUCAAAUGGAGUUAAGCCCCGCCCCCGCCAGCCUGCACGUCUCGCGCCAGUCGAGCGAGGCGAGUAAAUAGCGAGAGAAGCCUCAAGAUGGCGGACUCGCCGAGCUCCAUCCGCCUCAGCACCGGAGCCGCGGCGGCCGUCACCAAGCCCUCGGAGGCGAAGGGAGCCCCCGAAAAUCGCCCGCAGUCUUCCCGGGACUUCAACCCGCCGCCGCCCAAGAAGCUCAGAGUGGAGGAGAGGAGCGUCAAACCAAAGAAAGUCGUCCGGGAUGGAGGGCUUCUGGGAGGCAACUGCCGCGGGAAAGAGAAACUCCAGCAGCCGACGAAGCAGCUCGGUCUCGCGGCCGGUUUGUGGAGCCUCAGCCCGGCCAACGCGACCGCCGCUUUGGUCCACACAAUCGGCGGAAGCCAAGCAGCCGUCGCCACUGGGCACAAAAUCCUGAAGCCGAGUGAUUUUUUCCUCCACAAGGCGCCCAAAAGCAAGAAGCCGAGCAAGGAUAAACAGCGCGAGAAGGGAGACGUGAAAAAUAAACUAUUCGUGACGCCCGCUAACUACGACAUGAGCACAUUCAACCACAUUUCUCCAGUGAAGAGACAAAAUGGGGAUGUCACGUUGACACCAAAAGCUUCAGAGCUCCUCAACAAGGACAAGACUAAAGAUCGGGAGCGAGGGGAACGUGAGGAGAAGAAGAAGCACAAAGUGAUGAAUGACAUGAAGCGGGAAAAUGGCGAGGUCAAGCAGCCCGUGAAAGAUGGAGGCGUCCAAGCCAAGAUCAACACGGAGCUGCAAAUCAAAAAAGUCAAGAAGAAAAAGAAGAAGAAACACAAAGAGGGGGAGAAGCACAAGCGAGUGAAAAUGUACCACCGCUCGUGCCAAACCAUUUGCGCCGGCCUGGUUCUCCUCCCCUCUCCCCCGCCUCAGCGCGCCAAUUCCUCCUCCACCGACCCUGCCCAGGACGCCGCCGUGUCUCCGUUUAAAUUGCCGCUGCCCGUUUACCCUUGGCCCAACAACAAAAGCGCCCACCUCCACCCGUCUUAUGUGAACUCCUCUCCGCACACGGGCCCGCCACCUUCCCCAAACAAACACUCGUCGCGCUACACCCACCCUGGCCUUUCGGGCCUGGAGUUUGCCCCUUACAUCCACAUCGAGACUCAGCCAAAUGGCGGGGCUCUGGUGGCCCACGCCUACGCCUCGCAGCUGGCCUCGCUCUCCCCGAGCCAGAGGCAGAGGUUCGCCCAGGAGUUUGUCACCCUGGCGUUCAGCGAGGACUCGUCGCAGGCUGCACAUUACGUCAUGGGCAUCGUCCACGGAGAAGUCUCCUACAUGCCGGACUUCCUGGAUUACUUCUCCACUAAGUUCUCAUCGGCGCCGGUCAAAAUGGAGAUCCUGGGAAAGAAGGACAUCGAAACCACCACCAUGGCUCAUUUCUACUCUCAGGUAAGGUCAGCAUUCAGCCACGGCCCUGCCCGAGCCGGCGCAAUGAGGCAGAUAAGCCUGGUGGGAGCCGUGGACGAGGAGGUGGGCAACUUCUUCCCGGAAUUCCUCGGCAUGCUGGAGGAGUCGCCCUUCCUGAAGCGCACGCUUCCGUGGGGAACGUUGUCCAGCCUGAGCAUGAUGAGCCCCGACGAGAGCGACGACGGGCCCAUCAUGUGGGUGAGACCGGGCGAGCAGAUGAUACCUGUCGCCGACAUACCAAAGUCGCCUUUUAAAAGAAAACGCUCCACCAACGAGGUGAAGAACCUCCUCCAGUCCUUGCCCAGGACCAGCGAGCCCAGAGAGAUGCUCUUCGAGGACAGGACACGAGCCCACGCCGACCACAUCGGCCAAGGUUUCGAGCGUCAGACCACCGCGGCGGUGGGCGUCCUGAAGGCUGUCUGCUACAAAGAAAGUUUGGAGCCUCCUCGUGUAACCAAAGACGUCGUGUGCUUCCAUGCUGCCGAUUUCCCAUACGUGGUUCAGCGGCUGCAGUUGGAUCUUUAUGAACCUCCGCUCUCACAGUGUGUGCAAUGGGUGGACGACGCCAAGCUGAACCAGCUUCGUCGGGAGGGCAUCCGCUACGCCCGCAUCCGCCUGUGUCACGACGACGUCUACUUCAUCCCGCGCAACGUGGUCCACCAGUUCAAGACGGUGUCGGCCGUCUGCAGCCUGGCCUGGCACGUCCGCUUAAGGCAGUACGAGCAGGGAAGCCGGGAAGAGGAGGUGAAGGGGGAGGGGGAGGAGCUGGACAUCAUGGAAGGAACGAAGGGUGAGGAAGACGACGCAAAGGAGAGGAUAAAAGUGGAGGAGGAGGAGUUGGGUGCAGCCAGCAACAGGACGUUGCCAACACUCGAAGAUCUUCCUCGCGCUUGUUCGCCUGUUUUGUCUCCGCCGGCUCGCUCAGUGGACUCGGAAGCGACAGCAAGCGGCAAGAAUACGAUUGGAAAGGUUGACGGGAGCCCCAAACGGGCACAGUCGCCUCCGAUUCAAGUCAAAGCAGAACUGCCAAAAAUGAGCCAGCCCCCAUCGCCUCUUCCUCACCAUCCUGACGCAAAAUCAACCUCGAUCCCUCAUCACCACUUCCCUCAUCCUCACGGUCCGGCGAACGCCACCACGCCGUCUUCCAGCUCCUCCGCUUUGUCCCCAAAGACGCCUUCGCCGCACUCAUCGUCUGUACGCCACACGUUAGCUGCUGCCAGCCCGUCUUGCUCCUCCUCUUCAUCACAGAGUCCCAAGCCCGCCCCUGAUUCGCACCCGCACCCCUCUUUGGAAUCCGCGUCUUCCCGGCUGGCCCCCUCCCCUCGAAAGGACAAAGACUCGCCCGGCUUCACCCCGGAAGCGCCCGCCGAAAGGCGGACUCCGGCGUCCCCCGAAUUCCACGCUCACCUCGGUUCCCAUGGCGACGUACGGACUCGCGCGCUGGCGGAAAAGUGGACUCACGGGGUCGACGCGAGCCCCCGGACGUUCACGCAUGCUCAGCACGUGCAGCAAUUUCCUCCCCCCAUGCUGCCUCCCCAUCACUUCCCCCAAAUGCUCCCCCACUCCUAUUCUCCACUGCUCCCUCACCCCCACAGACCCCCCCUCACCUCACACCAAAAUCUGCCCCCCUUCCUCAGUCAGGUGCCACCGCCCCACCCAGUUCACAUCGGCCAGCUGCACCUGCACCCCCCACACCCGGGGGAUGCCACCACCCAGCCCCAGUGUGGUCGAAACAGAAAUUGGGAAAACCUGAUGUGA